GGUCGACAUGUUAAAACGGGUCAGCUGGCGGCCAUCAAGGUUAUGGAUGUCACCGAGGAUGAAGAGGAAGAAAUCAAACUGGAGAUAAAUAUGCUGAAGAAAUAUUCUCAUCAUAGAAAUAUUGCAACGUACUAUGGUGCUUUCAUCAAAAAGAGCCCUCCGGGCCAUGAUGACCAGCUCUGGCUUGUCAUGGAGUUCUGCGGGGCCGGGUCCAUCACAGACCUCGUGAAGAACACCAAGGGGAACACGCUCAAGGAGGACUGGAUCGCCUACAUCUCCAGAGAGAUCCUGAGGGGACUGGCACAUCUUCACAUCCAUCAUGUGAUCCACCGGGACAUCAAGGGCCAGAAUGUGCUGCUGACGGAGAACGCGGAGGUGAAGCUCGUGGACUUCGGGGUGAGUGCUCAGCUGGACAGGACAGUGGGCCGGAGAAACACAUUCAUUGGCACCCCCUAUUGGAUGGCACCCGAGGUCAUCGCCUGCGACGAGAACCCAGAUGCCACCUACGACUACAGAAGUGACCUUUGGUCUUGCGGCAUUACAGCCAUUGAGAUGGCAGAAGGUGCUCCCCCCCUCUGUGACAUGCACCCGAUGAGAGCGCUGUUCCUCAUCCCCAGGAACCCUCCUCCCCGGCUGAAGUCUAAGAAAUGGUCGAAGAAAUUUUUUAGUUUUAUAGAAGGAUGCCUGGUAAAGAAUUACAUGCAGCGGCCCUCCACAGAGCAGCUUUUGAAGCAUCCUUUUAUAAGAGAUCAGCCAAAUGAAAGGCAAGUUCGAAUUCAGCUUAAGGACCAUAUAGACCGGACCAGAAAGAAGAGAGGAGAGAAAGACGAGACCGAGUAUGAGUACAGCGGGAGCGAGGAGGAGGAGGAGGAAGUGCCUGAGCAGGAAGGAGAGCCGAGCUCCAUUGUCAACGUGCCUGGGGAGUCCACCCUGCGCCGGGACUUCCUGAGACUGCAGCAGGAGAACAAGGAGCGCUCCGAGGCGCUGCGGAGACAGCAGCUCCUGCAGGAACAGCAGCUCCGGGAGCAGGAGGAGUACAAGCGGCAGCUGCUGGCCGAGCGGCAGAAGCGCAUCGAGCAGCAGAAGGAGCAGCGGCGGCGGCUGGAAGAGCAACAAAGGCGGGAACGCGAGGUCAGGAGGCAGCAGGAGCGCGAGCAGCGGAGGCGGGAGCAGGAGGAGAAGAGGCGGCUGGAGGAGCUGGAGCGCAGGCGCAAGGAGGAGGAGGAGCGCAGGCGGGCAGAGGAAGAGAAGAGGCGUGUGGAGAGAGAGCAGGAGUAUAUCAGGCGACAGCUAGAAGAGGAGCAGCGGCACUUGGAAAUCCUUCAGCAGCAGCUGCUCCAGGAGCAGGCCAUAUUACUGCACGACCACCGGAGGCCGCACCCGCAGCACCCACAGCCGCCACAGCCACAGCAGGAGCGGAGCAAAGCGGGCUAUCAUGCUCCUGAGCCCAAGCCGCACUACGACCCUGCGGACAGAGCCCGCGAGGUGGAAGAUAGAUUUAGGAAAACUAACCACAACUCCCCUGAAGCCCAGGCUAAGCAAACAGGCAGAGUAUUGGAGCCACCAGUGCCUUCCCGGUCGGAGUCUUUUUCCAAUGGCAACUCCGAGUCGGUGCACCCUGCCCUGCAGAGAUCAGCGGAGCCGCAGGUACAGUGGUCCCACCUGGCAUCUCUCAAGAACAGUGUUUCCCCUGUCUCGAGGUCCCAUUCCUUCAGCGAUCCUUCUCCUCCCAAAUUCGCACACCACCAUCUUCGUUCUCAGGACCCAUGUCCACCUUCCCGCAGUGAGGCGCUCAGUCAGAGCCCCGACCCUAAGUCGGAGGCGCCCGAGCCCACCCCCAAGGCUUGGGCUAGAUCAGACAGUGACGAGGCGCCUCCACGGGUUCCUGUGAGAACAACAUCUCGUUCCCCUGUCCUGUCCCGUCGAGAUUCCCCACUGCAGGGCAGUGGGCAGCAAAAUAGCCAAGCAGGACAGAGAAACUCCACCAGUAUUGAGCCCAGGCUCCUCUGGGAGAGAGUGGAGAAGCUGGUACCCAGGCCAGGCAGUGGCAGCUCCUCGGGGUCCAGUAACUCCGGCUCCCAGCCUGGCUCCCACCCCGGGUCUCAGAGUGGCUCCGGAGAGCGCUUCCGAGUGAGAUCGUCCUCUAAGUCAGAAGGCUCUCCAUCACAGCGUCUCGAAAAUGCGGCAAAAAAGCCCGAGGACAAAAAAGAAGUGUUCAGACCCCUGAAGCCCGCUAGUGAAGUGGACCUGACCGCGCUGGCCAAAGAGCUCCGCGCAGUGGAGGAUGUGCGGCCACCCCACAAAGUGACGGACUACUCGUCCUCCAGCGAGGAGUCGGGGACCACAGAUGAGGACGACGAUGAGGCUGAGCAGGACGGGGCAGAGGAGCCCACCUCGGGGCCGGAGGACUCCAGGGCCGCGUCGUCUCUGAGCUUGAGCAAUGGCGAAACCGAGUCUGUGAAGACCAUGAUCGUUCAUGACGAUGUGGAGAGCGAGCCAGCCAUGACGCCGUCCAAGGAGGGCACGCUGAUCGUGCGCCAGAGUACAGUUGACCAAAAGCGUGCCAGCCAUCAUGAGAGCAAUGGCUUUGCCGGUCGCAUUCACCUCUUGCCAGAUCUCUUACAGCAAAGCCAUUCCUCCUCCACUUCCUCCACCUCCUCCUCCCCAUCCUCCAGCCAGCCGACACCCACCAUGUCCCCACAGACACCCCAGGACAAGCUCGCUGCUAACGAGACUCAGUCCGCUAGUAGCACACUCCAGAAACACAAAUCUUCCUCCUCCUUUACACCUUUUAUAGACCCCAGAUUACUACAGAUUUCUCCAUCUAGCGGGACAACAGUGACUUCUGUGGUGGGAUUUUCCUGUGAUGGAAUGAGGCCAGAAGCCAUAAGACAGGAUCCUACCCGGAAAGGCUCAGUGGUCAAUGUGAACCCCACCAACACUAGGCCACAGAGUGACACCCCCGAGAUUCGUAAAUACAAGAAGAGGUUUAACUCGGAGAUCCUGUGUGCUGCCCUGUGGGGGGUGAAUCUGCUGGUGGGCACAGAGAGUGGCCUGAUGCUGCUGGACAGAAGUGGCCAGGGGAAAGUGUACCCUCUGAUCAACCGGAGGCGCUUCCAGCAGAUGGAUGUGCUCGAGGGCCUGAACGUCUUGGUGACGAUCUCUGGUAAAAAGGAUAAGUUACGUGUCUACUAUUUGUCCUGGUUGAGAAAUAAAAUACUACACAAUGAUCCUGAAGUUGAGAAGAAGCAAGGCUGGACAACCGUGGGCGAUUUGGAAGGCUGUGUCCACUAUAAAGUUGUAAAAUAUGAAAGAAUAAAGUUCCUGGUGAUUGCUUUGAAGAGCUCUGUGGAAGUGUACGCGUGGGCCCCUAAGCCGUAUCACAAAUUCAUGGCCUUUAAGUCUUUUGGAGAGCUGGUGCACAAGCCCUUGCUAGUGGAUCUCACUGUUGAGGAGGGCCAGCGGCUGAAAGUGAUCUACGGGUCCUCUGCAGGCUUCCACGCUGUGGACGUGGACUCGGGAUCAGUGUACGACAUUUACCUACCAACACACAUCCAGUGCAGCAUCAAGCCCCACGCAAUCAUCAUCCUCCCCAACACAGACGGCAUGGAGCUGCUGGUGUGCUACGAGGACGAGGGCGUGUACGUGAACACCUACGGCCGGAUCACCAAGGACGUGGUGCUGCAGUGGGGAGAGAUGCCGACGUCCGUGGCAUACAUCCGAUCCAACCAGACAAUGGGCUGGGGCGAGAAGGCCAUCGAGAUCCGGUCUGUGGAGACUGGUCACCUGGAUGGGGUGUUUAUGCACAAGAGGGCACAAAGACUCAAAUUCCUGUGUGAACGCAACGACAAGGUGUUCUUCGCCUCUGUGCGCUCCGGCGGCAGCAGUCAGGUCUACUUCAUGACCCUGGGCAGGACGUCUCUCCUGAGUUGGUGAAGCAGCACCAUCCGGAUGCUGCCCACUCCAGUCUUCGAGAUCCUGAGAACUUGGAAUUCCUUGCAACUGGAGCUCGGAGCCACUUGGUGCCACCGGGACAGUGGUGCGCGGGCCUCGCGCCUCCGACACCCCCUUUUGCCAGUUUCUCCCCGGUCUCCUCUUGUCCAUACUCAAAAGUGAACCCAGGCUACGUUGCCAUGGGUGCUCCCCAGCUCUCCCACCGGUGCUAGAGGUCAGGCAGGCCUCUGAGCGGGGCGCGCCCCUCCUGUCCUG